UUAUUUUGAAGUAUCCCAACACGUUAUUUUUUAACAAUUAUCACAAAAUGUCUGUUGAACAUAAGUUUGAAAAAUUACCUAUCGCAGUUAUUCCAAAACAUUAUAACAUUCAUCUAACACCAAAUUUAGAAACUUUUAAUUUUGUUGGUGAAGUAGCAGUUGAUAUCGAAAUCCAGGCAGAAACAGAUGAAAUUACCCUCAAUUCUUUAAAUUUGGAUUUUGACUCUGUAAAAUUAAAAAAUGUUAAAAAUGAAUAUGCACCAAUUAAAACUACAUUUAUAUUUGAUGAGGAAAAAGUGGUCAUUAAGUUUGACACUGUUCUUGCAGCAGGAAAUUACAAUCUGUAUAUUCAAUAUAAAGGAAAACUUGAAGAUAAUAUGAGAGGUUUUUAUAGGAGCAAAUAUAUAGAUGAUAAAGGAAAAGAAUAUUAUUCUGCAUUGACUCAAUUUGCUCCUGCUGAUGCAAGACGAUGCUUUCCUUGUUGGGAUGAACCAGCUCAUAAAGCCACUUUUGAUAUUGCAUUAACAACUUCAAAGAGUCUAACAACACUGUCCAAUACGUCAGUUCAAAAAACUAUUCCUUCAGGAGAUGUUGUUAAAUAUUUUUUCAAAACAACCCCUAAGAUGUCUACUUACUUAGCGGCGUUCAUAGUAGGCCAUUAUGAUUUUGUUGAAAAGAAAUCAUCAGAUGGAGUAUUGAUAAGAGUUUAUACACCCCUAGAGAAAAAACAACAAGGAGAAUUUGCAUUGGAUGUUGCAUCGAAAGUGUUACCCUAUUAUAAGGAGUAUUUUAAAAUUGCCUAUCCUUUACCGAAAUUGGAUUUAGUGGCUGUGGCUAGUUUAAGUUAUGGUGCUAUGGAAAAUUGGGGUCUAAUUACUUACAGAGAACAACGUCUAUUAAUAGACCCUAAAAAUUCGUCAACAGCAAAUAAGCAAGAUGUAGCCCUAGUAGUUGCUCAUGAAUUAGCUCACCAGUGGUUUGGCAAUCUGGUAACAAUGAAAUGGUGGACAGAUUUAUGGCUAAACGAAGGCUACGCAACAUUUACCCAAUUUUUAGUCACUGAUUAUCUCUUUCCCGAAUAUAAUAUUUGGUCACAAUUUGUCAACACUUAUUUCUUAGCAGCUCUAGAGCUCGACAGCCUUAGAAAUUCCCAUUCCAUUGAAGUGGCUGUACACAAUCCCUCAGAAAUCAAUCAGAUUUUCGAUGCUAUUACUUACAACAAAGGGGCAUCCAUUAUCAGAAUGUUGUUUCAUUUUAUUGGAAAUGAAAAGUUUAGGGAAGGUAUGUCUUUGUACCUGAAGAGAUAUCAGUAUGGAAAUACUUCGACUGAAGAUUUGUGGAAUGCUUUAGAGGAAGCCAGCAAAGAGCCUGUUGCAAAAAUUAUGUCAACUUGGACCAAACAAAUGGGUUUUCCAUUAAUUAAAGUUGAAACUACAAGCAUAUCAGAUGGUACAAAAGUAAAACUUUCUCAAACUAAGUUCACUGCAGAUGGUACCCAAUCUGAAAAUUGUCGUUGGAUGGUUCCUAUAUCAAUUUCAUCAAGUUCGAAUCCAAGCGGUACAGUAAGCAAUAUUCUUUUAACCGAGGAAUCUACAGAAAUAACAAUUUUUGGUUUGAAAUCUACAGACUGGAUUAAAGUUAAUCCAGGAGUUGUUGGUUUUUAUAGAACACAAUAUACAGAUGAUAUGUUGAACAAAUUUUCGGUUGAUAUUAGGAAUCAAACUCUCCCACCUUUAGACAGAUUAGGUUUGUUAGAAGAUACCUAUGCAUUGGUAAAAGCAGGUUAUAUGAAUACGGGUACAUUGUUGAAUUUUCUCAAAAAUUAUGAAAAAGAAACGGAUUCGAACGUUUGGAUUUCUAUCAUUACUAUAUUAAAUAAGUUGGAAACGAUUCUGGAUUAUACUGACACUAGUGAUUUAUUUAGAAACUACCGAAAACAACUAGUACAAAAUAUAUUCAAAUCAGUUGGAUGGGAACCAAAGCCUAACGAUUCGCACAUAGAUACCCUACUCAGGGGCAAAAUUUUGGAACACUUCAGUUCAUUACAAGAUGAAGAUAUAAUAAACGAAGCGAGGUCUAGAUUUUUGAAACACGUUAAUGGUGAAAAAUUGUUACCAGCCGAUAUAAGAGUAGGUUGCUAUAAAAUAGUUGUUUCAUCUGGUUCGGAAAAGGAAUUCGAUUCUAUGUUCCAAUUAUACAAGACGACUGAUUUAAAUGAAGAAAAAAUGAGAAUUAUCAAUGGAUUAGGGUUCGUUAAGACCAGUCAUCUCAUAAAGAAGUUACUUGAUAUCGCUUUAUCAGAGCAUGUAAAAACUCAAGAUGGAAUUUUGGUUUUAAUAUCCGCUUCCAAAACAACUCUAGGAAGAGAAUUAACGUGGCAAUUCAUUAAGGAAAAUUGGGAUGGAAUAAGAGCUAAAUUUACAGCGGGUCCUCUCUUACAGAAUUUAAUUAAACAAGUUACUCACGAUUUUGCGACUCAACAGAAUAAGGACGAUCUAGAAGAGUUCUUCUCUAAGAAUAAAAACGCUUGGAUUGACAAAUCUGUACAACAAGUUUUAGAAAGUAUAACUGUAAAUGUUGCUUGGCUGAAAAGAGAUUCACAGGCCAUUAGGGAAUAUUUAAGUUCCCAAGCUACGUUUGUUAUGAAAUAGAUGAUGUAGAGUGGGUUUUUGUGGU